UCCUCCUCUGUCAGUAUCUCAGUCCUCAUCAUCGAGUGGGUGGGCGCGGUGAGUGAGUGAGUCAGUAGUUCUCUCGUCUCGGCCACGUCUCGUCUCGUCUCGUCUCGUCCGGGGCUUGAAUUUCAACCUCAAUUGGAAUUUAAAUGCGGUCGUCGAGAUUGAGAGUGUUCGCGAAGGCCAUUUGUGAUUCCGCUCGUCAUCGUCAUCCACAUUGCCAUCACAGGAUUCUACAUCCAACUCACGCUCACACCCUCAGCGUUGCAGAGAUGCAUAGCUUGUCGAAAAUGGAAGUAGAAAAUGGGGAGGUGAAGAACAAGGAGAAGGUUUCCCGUCUUCUUUUCUGCGGAUCACAUUUUCCUGCUGCUGAAACUUACACAAGGGAAUAUUUGAAAGACUACCCCUUUAUCCAGGUAGAUGAUGUUCCCCAUAAAGAUGUGCCUGGUGUUAUCCAGAAUUACAAUAUGUGUAUCGUGAAGCUGAUGAAGUUAGAUUCAGAUCUUCUCUCCCGUGCAGAAAAGAUGAAGCUUGUACUGCAGUAUGGUGUCGGCCUGGAAGGCGUUGACAUUGAUUCUGCAACUAAGUUUGGAAUCAAAGUUGCUAGGAUUCCGAGCCAUGUAACUGGAAAUGCAGCCUCAUGUGCCGAAAUGGCCAUUUAUCUGAUGUUGGGCCUCCUACGAAAGCAAAAUGAGAUGCAAAUUUCUAUAAAGCUGAGGAAGGUUGGGGAUCCAGUUGGUGAAACACUGCUUGGAAAAACAAUUUUCAUUUUAGGAUAUGGGAACAUUGGAAUUGAAUUGGCAAAGCGCUUGAGACCGUUUGGUGUGAAAAUUAUUGCCUCCAAACGGAGUUGGGCCACACAGUCACAAGAUUCUUGCCAAUCAAAUGUUCAAAAUUGUUCCACUGAGAAUUUGGUUGAUGAGAAGUGUGUCCAUGAAGAUAUCCACAAGUUUGCAAGUAUUGCAGACAUCGUUGUUUGCUGCAUAAAUUUAAACAGUGAAACAGUUGGCAUUGUAAACAAGUCGUUCAUAUCUUCGAUGAGAAAGGGUGCCCUUCUGGUAAAUAUUGCCCGAGGGGGUCUCCUGGACUAUGAAGCUGUUUCAUAUAACCUAGAGUCUGGCCACUUAGGUGGUUUAGGGAUUGAUGUUGCUUGGACGGAGCCAUUUGAUCCUGAUGAUCCAAUUUUGAAGUUCAACAAUGUUAUCAUCACACCUCAUGUGGCAGGAGUUACAGAGUAUUCUUACAGAUCCAUGGCUAAGGUAGUUGGCGAUGCCGCCAUUCAACUUCAUGAAGGGAAGCCUUUGACAGGAAUUGAGUUUGUCAACUGAAUCAGUUUAGUGAAAAUGGUUGAUUUUUUAUUGCCAAGCUUUUGAUUUGGACAUCCAUUUAAGGAGAGCUUUUCCAGUGCCCGGAACAGGAAACGCUACACUACGUGUUAUUGUACAGUUAGAGGGAGAAUAAGUUGGAGGGAAUUUGUCCCUUAAAACGAUCGCUUAUCGAUUUUCUACCUUCACAGUUUACUUGAUAUUUUCCGUAAUUUAAUAAAAUACAUUUCAUAUUUUUUUCA